CCAUGGGCUUUUUCUCGCAUUCACGUGUCCGGAGGGUCCGACAGUAGGUCUCUCCUUUUGCCUGCGGCGUUGAGUGCAGAGUGCGAACUGCGGCAGCCGGAGUCAUGGCAGGGCAGGCAUUCAGAAAGUUUCUUCCCCUCUUUGACCGAGUAUUAGUUGAAAGAAGUGCAGCCGAAACUGUAACCAAAGGAGGCAUUAUGCUUCCAGAAAAAUCACAAGGAAAAGUAUUGCAAGCAACGGUGGUAGCUGUUGCAUCAGGCUCUAAAGGAAAGGGUGGAGAGAUUCAGCCAGUUAGUGUGAAAGUUGGAGAUAAAGUUCUUCUCCCAGAAUAUGGAGGCACCAAAGUAGUUCUAGACGACAAGGAUUAUUUCUUAUUUAGAGAUGGUGACAUUCUUGGGAAAUAUGUUGACUGAAAUAAGUCACUAUUGAAAUGGCAUCACGUGAAGCUGCCCAUUCCACUGAAGUUCUGAAAUCUUUCAUCAUGUAAAUAAUUUCCAUGUUUCUCUUUUAUAAUAAACUAAGGAUAUCCAAGCUAAUGACAUCCAGUGUUUAAAAUUUAGUAUCACUGUACUGGUAUAAACAUUUCCAAAUAAAAAUGUAAAUCAA